AUGCUCACUCUUCCUGAACUAAAGUCUGACAUUACUGUCAAUGUUAUUGCCGAUGCAAAGAAGUCCGAAGCUAUUCGUCGCCCAGUUGAACCUGUUGGGAAACACUUCUUGCACCAUGCUCAGAGAACCUUGAGAAACCACACCUGGUCGGAGUUUGAGAAAAUCCAAGCUGAACAAAAUGUCAAGAGGGUCGAUGAGUCCAACAAUGACCCUGACGAGUUGCUUUUCGAUGACGAAUUGACCGACGAGUCCCUAUUGGAGCAUGAUCCAAGAGACUGGAAGACUGCCGACUUGUAUGCUGCUAUGGGGUUGUCGAAGUUGCGUUACAGAGCCACCAACACACAGAUCAUCAAGGCCCACAGAAAGCAGGUGUUGAAGCACCAUCCCGACAAGAAGUCAGCCUCUGGUGCCGGCUUGGAGCAAGACGGAUUCUUCAAGAUUAUUCAAAAGGCGUAUGAAACGUUGACUGACCCCACUAAGAGAGCUCAGUAUGACUCCUGUGACUUCAACGCAGACGUCGAGCCGCCAAAGAAGGGUACCGAAUACGAUUUUUUCGAGGCCUGGGGUCCCGUCUUUGCCGCAGAGGCUCGUUUCUCUAAGAAGACCCCCGUCCCACCGCUAGGUGACAUGGACACUCCAAAGAAAGAGGUUGAGCAAUUCUACUCCUUCUGGCACAGAUUCGACUCAUGGAGGACCUUUGAGUUCUUGGACGAAGAUGUCCCAGACGACUCCUCCAACAGAGACCAGAAGCGUUACACCGAGAGAAAGAACAAGGCUGCCAGAGACAAGAAGAAGACUGCGGACAACGCAAGAUUAGUCAAGCUGGUUGAGAGAGCCGCAAACGAGGACCCACGUAUCAAGAAAUUCAAGGAGGAGGAGAAGAAGGAGAAGGAGAGAAGAAAGUGGGAACGUGAGGCCGGAGCCAGAGCUGAGGCUGAAGCUGCAGCCAAGGCUGCUGCUGAGGCCAAACUCAAGGCCGAAGCCGAGGCCGCCGCCUCCGCUGCUGCCAAGGUCGACAAGAAGAAGGCUAAGGAAGCAGCUAAGGCCGCUAAAAAGAAGAACAAGAGAACCAUUCGUGGGGCACCAAAGGACGCAGACUACUUUGGUGAUGCGGCAAAUGCUGCCACCAUUGAUGAACAGACCGGCUUCAUCGUCGACUCUUUGGACGACGAGCAACUGGUCUCCGUCGCGGAAAAGAUCAAAAGCGACCCAGCCUCCACAAGGCAGAUCUUGCAAGAGAUUUCCAAGUCUCUCAGCGACGCUGGCAAGCUGCCUGCUAGCGUUCUAUCUUACUACUUGUAG